AUGCCUACGGUUCACCUGCUUGACUAUGUCGCAGGCAACAUUCGCUCAUUGGUCAAUGCGAUCAAUCGGGUUGGAUAUGAAGUGGAAUGGAUCAGAUCCCCGGAGGAUGUGAAAAACGCCGAAAAACUCAUCCUUCCAGGUGUCGGUCACUUUGGCCAUUGCCUCUCCCAACUCGACCAGGGAGGCUUUCUAGAACCGAUCCGACAACACAUUGAAGCAGGAAAGCCCUUUAUGGGAAUCUGUGUUGGUCUACAGGCCCUCUUUCGGGGCUCGGAGGAAGACACCGAGGUCCCGGGGCUGGGGCUGAUCCCAAUGCGUAUUCAGAAGUUCAAUGACAGUUCCAAAAGCGUGCCGCACAUUGGGUGGAAUUCUGCGAUGAACACCGGGGAUGACAGUGCCAAGCAACAGAGUUUCUAUGGCUUGCGGCCGAUCAGCAAAUACUAUUACGUCCACUCCUAUGCGGCUCCGUACAAACCAGGGGCCCUCGAGAACGAUGGUUGGUCUGUGGCCACAGCCACCUAUGGAGAGGAGGAAUUCAUCGGUGCAAUCAGUCGAGGGAACAUAUUUGGGACGCAAUUUCACCCGGAGAAAAGCGGAAUCGCGGGCUUGCGAGCCAUCCGGGCCUUCUUGAAUGGCGACCGACUUCAAUCACUUGCGCCAGAGUCGGUCGCUGGCAAAGGAGAGGACGGCUUGACUCGCAGGGUCAUUGCCUGUCUCGAUGUUCGGACGAAUGAUACAGGCGAUCUAGUGGUCACCAAGGGUGACCAAUAUGAUGUUCGCGAGAAAAGUGGUGUGGACGCUGGUGGCCAGGUCAGGAACCUGGGAAAGCCCGUCGACAUGGCUAAGAAGUAUUAUGAGCAAGGAGCGGACGAAGUCACAUUCUUGAACAUCACCUCUUUCCGAAACUGCCCGCUCGCCGACACGCCUAUGCUUGAAAUCCUGCGAAGAGCAUCGGAAACAGUCUUUGUACCCUUGACCAUUGGAGGGGGUAUUAGGGACACGGUUGACACCGAUGGGACUGAGGUUCCCGCUCUUGAUGUGGCAACCAUGUAUUUCAAGUCCGGUGCCGAUAAAGUUAGCAUUGGCUCGGAUGCGGUCUUCGUCGCUGAGGAGUACUACAAUGCGGGCGAGAAACUGAGUGGCCAAACCGCCAUCGAGACCAUCUCCAAGGCCUAUGGGAAGCAAGCGGUCGUGGUGAGCGUCGACCCGAAACGGGUCUAUGUGGAUCGACCCGAGGACACCAACCACCAUACAAUUCAGACCAGCUACCCCAAUGCGGCUGGACAGCGCUUCUGCUGGUACCAAUGUACGGUUAAAGGCGGCCGAGAAACGCGCGAUGUGGAUGUACGGCAGCUCGUCAGAGCGGUCGAAGCGAUGGGCGCUGGAGAGAUUCUUCUGAAUUGCAUCGACAAGGAUGGGAGCAACAGUGGAUUUGAUCUGGAAUUGAUCAACGAUGUCAAGGCUGCCAUCAAAAUUCCCGUCAUCGCUUCCAGCGGUGCCGGCGUACCUGACCAUUUUGCCGAGGUUUUCAGCAAAACAACCACAGAUGCGGCGUUGGGCGCUGGCAUGUUCCACCGAGGCGAAUAUACCGUGAGCCAAGUGAAGGAGCACCUUCAGAAAGAGAGAUUCCUGGUGCGCCAAUUCGAGGCCGAGCUCUGA